AACAUAGGUACAAGAGAAAGAUACUGUUCUCAUUUCACUGUCAUGAGUUUAAGAGUUCCCAGGUGUGGUUUAUUCAGGUGUAUUCGACUCGACGUAUGCAUGUUCGAUCGAAUAUGACUCGUCAAUGCUAUAAACAAAUGGUCGACUUUUAUCAAGAUGUGCAUUAAUUCAGUUAUCUAUACGUCUAACGAGUCGAUUUUAAUUUUUACCCGUAAGAAACAUCAGUGCAUCUGAAUUUUUAUCGGCCCUGAAAAAAUUUGGAAUGUUGUGGAUUCUGUUCGUUCAUAGUGAAUCAGAAACGGAUGCAAAGUGCGGUAGUUUCAAAGACUGUUCCUCUGGGGGGAUAGAAUCGUUUUAUCAAUUUUAGCCAUUCUACAUGCUACAGUCUACAAUUUAAUUUGAUUAUAAGGAUUGUGAUUCAGAUUUAUUUAAAUUAAUCGUUUUAUUUUUAUAAUACGAUUUUAACAGAGGUGGUAAAUACUUUUAUAAAAAUUGAACAAGGAUGCCUGCACCACCUCCACCUCCACCUCCUGUCUUCAACACAUCUGGUUCUGGGGUAGCAGAUCAGGAUAGAAAUUUACUUCUUCAGUCAAUUAGAGCUGGCAAAACUUUAAAGAAAACUAUAACCGUAGAUAAAAGUGCACCUGUAGUUAGUGGUAGAGUUAGAGGUGAAUCAGGAAACUCUUCUUCCUUACAUAGCAAGGAAAAUAGUUCUAAUGUAGCAAACAGUGGCAUUAGCACAAGUAAUGGAGGUCCCAUAGGACUAGGUGGAUUAUUUCCUACUGGUAUUCCUAAAUUGAAGCCUGUAGGAUCUCGGACUUCUGCAGUUGAAAAGAACAAUAGUAAUGUUAAUAAUACAAAUUUUGGUCAAUCGACUGUCCCUAGCAUAAAAAGAGGUCCACCGCCAAUUCCACCACCAGCCACUCAAAAGCCACAACUAUUUGUUCAGAAGGCAAACUCAAUGCCAGGACAAAGUACUACAGACUCUAGUUCUAAUAUGGAAGUACCUAAGGGAUUUGGAAAACCUACUCUUGCUCCCAAACCACCUACCACAUCAUCAUCUGCAUUGCACAAACCAUCACCACCUCCCAAGAAAUUAAACUUAACUGGAGGAAGUGUGUCAAGAGCACAAAGUAUGCGAUUGCCUAGAUCACCUCCUGUACUUGCUCCAACUCCACCUUCCCUUCAUCAGUCUCAGGAUUGUCUGAACGAGACCCAAUCGAGGCCUACGAAUCGAAUUCUUAAGCCUCCAGUCGCGAAACCUCCUUCUCCACCUACAUCUAGAUCAAACAAUAUACCCUCUACAGCAACUAGAGUGGCACCGCCACCUCCUUCUAGAGUAACUGUUAGCGCUCCUUGUAUACCACCUCCACCUCCGCCACUUCCGCAUCGUCCAGCUCCUACUCAUCAAAGACUGGCCCCGCCGCCGCCACCACCGCCAACACCUCCCACAAGGAGUUCUUCCAUGCGCAACGGACAGACGAUGAAUGCUCUAGAUUUGGAGGUUCGAUUCGCGGAUAUGUUUCAUUCUAUUGCGAAUUUCCCGCCGCCGGAGCAAUUUAAGGGGUUUACAAAAGUCUACAGCAGCAGAAAUGCUGCAAAGCAACAAGCCCCUGCGCCACCCAUGCAAAUGUCUUCUAUAUCCAAUACAAUGGUAUCAUUAAAUACUUCAUCCGGAGGUUAACUGUGACAAUACAGAACCACUUCUUUGGCACAUUCAAGUAAUUUGUUAUAUUUAUUAUGUUAUACAACUAGUUUUAAUAGUUUUCAAAAUAUUAUUACAUUGAAAUGAAAGGUUUAGAUGAAAGAAAAAGGAAGCGGAAUAAAAGUAUUAAAAUUACUAUGUGUUAUGAAGUAUCAUGAACAUUUUAUGUUUAUUAAAAAUAAAAUGUUGAUUUUAAUGUUUUUAAUUUCACAGCUCUACAAAUUUCUCGUAUAAAAUUUUGAUAUGUCGUAUUAUUGAGAUAGUACAUGGUAAAUUUAAAGAAAAGGACUGCGUUUAUAUUAUAUAUAUAUCUUGAAUGUAAUAUCCUGAAUGGUUUUGUAAUAAGGACAAAGUCUUAUAUACUUUUAUUUAUAACAACGACUUUUUAUUAUUAACUAAUGUACAAUAUUAAAUAUUAGAAUUUUUUUAGAUAUAGUUUAUUGUAGCUGGCAGUUAAACGAUGUGAAACUUUCCUAGUUCUAUGUUCUUGUAAGUUGAAGACUCAGUCUAUUUUGCAAAUUUCAUGUUAAUAUGAUGAAAUAUAUAUAUAUAAUAUGUAAACAAUGAUUCUUAUAAUGAUCACGAUUUUAUUUAAAAUAGACAAUAUAAUAUCUGCGAUAUCAUCGAUAAAUAAAUCAAAAAUUUCCAUUGUCCCGGUAUAAGAUAAAACAUUCGUUCUUUUCUUGUAUCUACCUGAAUUAAUCGAAAUUUUCACAUCGGUAACUUAAGUCGGGACAAUGCAGAGACUGAUAAUGCAAUUAAAUUAAAACGAUCUUUAUA